UUGUAGACUCAAAAGUUAAACGAUGUGUUCGUACUAUCUUAAUGCGUAUUCAGUUUACAAUUGUCUGUGGUGCUGUAUCAUUACCUACCAUUCCAUAGAUCGCACAGUGCGUGUGCAGAGUUUAACAUAACGCUGUAAAAUAAUGUUAUUUUUCACCAACCGUUUGUGCACCGUCGUGACUGUUAUGCUUUUACGCGCAAGUGCACAAGGAUUGAAGUUCUGUUGCAAUGAGCCCGACAGCCGAUGCACCAUAGAGGAGUGGAACCCAUCAGAGGAAGGAUAUUUCUUUCUCAACCAUAUGCCAAACGGUACACAUGUAAUAAAAAUUGUGAACCUGCAGAACGUAUUGCUGGAGGCGAAAUUGUGCAGCACAGUGGUACAGUUUGUCAACAGUCUUUCAGUCGAGAAUUCGCCCAAGCUCGGUAUCGUUAUCAUACCGGCUACAUGUACCAUAGAGACACUGAUCAUGUUCAAAACUGGCGUGCGAAUCAUUCACUUCGAGAAAAAUAGUGCCAUAAUAAGUGUGACCAUUAGGAACAGUCCCAUAACGAAUAUUCCGGCCACGCUUCUAACGCUGCCCGCCAUCCAGCACAUACUGCUCGAGUACACAAAGAUCGCGAGUAUUGAUCUGAGUUGGUUUUAUCCGCUGAAGGGUUUAGCAACACUGAAACUAGUGAAGAGCAACUUGCAAGUCGUACACGGGGAAGGCAGUACGAACGUCACCACCGGCUUGAACGUGAUAAACUUGAGCUACAACUCGCUGAGAGCCCUCAAUCUGAACGGGUUCGCACCGUUCGCCGAACUGACGCAGCUUGUGUUAGCGCACAAUAAGCUCGAAUCACUCACCGGUGCGUUAAACAUUCCGGCCCUUACCGGUCUUAUGUUGAAUCACAACCGCCUUAAGCAGCUGGACGCGUGCCAAUGGAAUGACACGCAGCGAUUGCAGGGCAUUACACUGGCACAUAAUUACCUUCGUCAAGUGCCGGCAUGUUUGGAGCGAUUCGCUAGCUUAGCGCACGUCGAUCUGAACCACAACCGAAUCGGCUACGUUCGGUGGGAAGAUUUACAGCAGCUGCCCAAGCUUGCAUCGAUAGAUUUAUCGUUUAAUCGUAUCACCGCAAUACCGGCCGACCAAGCCCAAUAUCCACCGCUGCUCAAGCAGCUGGAUCUGUGCGGAAAUCCGAUCGGGGUUGUUACCAUACCGGACGGAUUAAAUGACAGUAUUCAUGUGACAGUUGUUUGACUCUAUUUGUCAGUGCAGCAUUAGUGCAUCCGCGGGUCCGACAGUCAAUGCAAAAUUGUCUAAAAGAGGUUUGUUUCAUCGCUCAGUAGAUACAGAUUCAAAGCUUUGCAAACAAUGGAGCAUUAUGGAGGAAUACAUUCAGGGGCAUUAAGUAAAAACGUAUGCAAUUCGCAUUACAAAAUAGUCAAACGUGUUAUCUCUGCUAUUUGUAGCAUACAUUUAGGCACCAAAGGUGUAUAUUCUUAUAAUUUGCAGCAAAA